CAGAAGCCGCAGAUGGCGCUACGCUGGAGCUGGGGGUUUCUCCGUCUGUCUCCCGUCCUGGUUUUUUUGGUUCUCGCCGCCGCCCAGGCGCCCUUCGAAGCCUUCCAGGCGGGCCACAGCGCCUCCUCCCUGCCCGCCGCUGCUGUGGCGGCGCCUUUCAGACGGUAUCUUUUGUAUGAUGUUAAUCCACCUGAAGGUUUCAACCUACGUAGAGAUGUAUUCAUACGAAUUGCAUCUCUUCUAAAGACAUUAUUGAAGACUGAAGCAUGGGUGUUGGUUCUGCCUCCAUGGGGACGUCUUUAUCAUUGGCAAACUCCUAAAAUUCAUCAAGUCCAAAUUCCUUGGUCCAAAUUUUUUGAUGUGACAAGCCUCAAUAAAAACAUACAAGUUAUUGAAUAUGAACAAUUUCUUGCAGAGUCAGGUGGUCCUUUUAUUGAUGAGAUAUAUGUCCUGCAAAACUAUGCUGAAGGAUGGAAAGAGGGUACAUGGGAGGAGAAGAUUGAUGAGAGACCAUGCAUUGACCAGCAUAUGUAUUCAACAGACAAAGAUAAAUACUACAGGGGGUGGUUCUGGGGUUAUGAAGAAACUCGGGGCCUUAAAGUGGUUUGUUUAUCUGUCCAAGGUUCUGCUUCUGUUGUAGCCCCUUUGCUUUUAAAUUCAUCCAGCAGGUCAGUGAUGUUAGACAGAGCUGAACAUCUUCUUCAUGAUCAUUAUGGUGGCAAAGACUACUGGAAUACUCGGCGAAGUAUGGUGUUUGCCAAACACCUCCGUGUGGUGGGAGACAUGUUUAGAGCUAAAUAUUUAAAUUCUUCUGAUGAAAAGGACAGAACAUGGUACUCUGAAGAUUGGAGAAAUAUGAAAGUAAAAUUGGGCACAGCCACUGGUGGCCCAUAUCUUGGUGUGCAUCUGAGGCGAAAAGACUUCAUCUGGGGUCACAGAAGUGAUGUGCCCAGCAUUCAGGGAGCUGUUAAGAAAAUCCACAACCUCCUGAAGUUGUACAAGCUGGAGAAGGUUUUUGUAGCUACUGAUGCCAUCAUGCAGGAGGUUGAACAAUUAAAAGCACUUCUUCCAGAGAUGGUGAGAUUUGAACCUACUUGGGAGGAAAUAGAUCUCUACAAAGAUGGAGGAAUAGCAAUUAUUGACCAAUGGAUAUGUGCACAUGCCAGAUAUUUUAUAGGAACCUCAGUCUCAACAUUUUCUUUCCGCAUUCAUGAAGAAAGAGAAAUUCUGGGAUUUGAUCCCAAAACCACUUACAACAGAUUUUGUGGAGAUGAUGAGAAAACCUGUGAACAGCCAACUCACUGGAAAAUUGAAUAUUAAUAUAUUCAAUCAGUGGAACUACAGCUGCCACUUCACCAAAGAAAUUAAACAAUUAUUUUUGUGGAAAGAAAUUGAUUUUAAAUCUUUCCCUUUUUCACUGUUUUUGGUGAUAAAUGUGAAUGGUGCUACGGUAGUUUAUUUCUUAAACUAUUUACAGUGGUCGGUAUUAUGGGCUGUAAUUAAAAAAAGCCCCAAGAUGUUCAGUCCUCUAACCAAACCUUCAAGUUGGACCAGUUCACUUAAUCCACUACUUUGCUUUACCAGGAGACCCAGCAAAAAUGGCCAUUAGAAGCCCUCAAAUGGCAUGGCAGCUUGGCUGAGCUGAACCUUUGGAACUACAAAUCCCUGAACACCUUGCAAAACAGCCAAAAUCAGUCAUGGCUUUGCUCAAAGGAAAAAAUUCUUCAAGGAUUCAUACAAUUUCUAGUUUUAACUCUUCUGAGAAGUCACAUGGUUGUCACCAAUUUAAAUCUAAUCGGAUAAUAUGUUCUAAAGCAAUUAAAUUGUUUCUAAAAGGGUUUUGCUGGAAUUAAUUUUGUUUACAAAUACAAAGUAUGUUAGAUAUAACUAAAUGAAGUGUGUAAGAACUUGCAAUUCCAUUUUAUUUGUGAACUGAGAAGAAGGUACAAAGUGUGUGUGGCUAAACAGAGGUUGGAUGUCCUAGUGAAGUUGAUUAUAUGAGAAAUAUUAAAUUGGUCUAAAUUGGUCUCUUUCAUUUAUGUCAUCUUUUUCCUCAAGUUAAUUUACUAAACUAUGCCUUGCUAUCCAUAUUUGUCUCAGAAAAUCAAAUGUAAACUUACCAGUUUAUUAUGAGUAACAGAAUUGUUUUACCUUUGUAUAAAAAGAUACAUUGUUGGAUAAGGUAGGUGUCUUAGCUGAUAUUAUAAAAAUAAGAUUAUACCUUUUCAUAUCAAUUGCAGUUAUCUGCAUCCAUUUUCUAGUAAUCUUGGCAUUCUUUAUAAUUUAGCACAAACAUAAAAAAGAAAUGGGCAAGGUAUAACAAGUCAACUGUGGCAUUAGAGUUAAAGCAAAAUGAGCUUGUAGACAUUCCUUAUCUGGAUUUUGGGUUUUUUUAAUCUGUAUUGUAUUUCUAAAAUAUUUUACUUCUGAAGACUUUUUACUAUUAGGUAAACUAAUAUCAGUAUAGGCUCAAAAAAUACCAGCAACCCAACAGUUCAAUCCUAAGUGACACAAAUUUUUACUGUUGGGAGUAAAAUAGCAAUCUUUCUUUCACCUUCAUACUUUUUGUGAAGUUAGUUAACCUUUGCUGGUUUCUCUCUUGUAUCCUUUAACUUGCUACUAACUACAGUAAGCAGAUAAUUGUCUUUAUCAGGUCAGUAUUUAACAUGUCUUGGAAUCUUCUUUCAAAGCAAUAAGCAAACUGUCUUAACAAUUCUGUGUCUAUCUGCAAACUACUUUUUCUUGUCCUCUUUUCCAAACCCUUACUUAAAAUGUGCCAUAAAUGAACAUUUGCCAAUAAUAAAAUAAAGGCUUCCUAGUUAUGAAAAUCUCCACUUGCUCUAUUUUGUUCCAGUUCUAUUUCUUGAAAUACCACACUAUUUAUGUUCAUAAAAAUUCAGAAUUAACAGGAAAACCACAGGAGCUGUAUUCAGCCCUGCAAUAAGUGGGAGCAACUCUAAAACUCAUAGAAGCAAUACUUUUGCCGCCUUUCCCCCCCAGCCUUCUUUACCUCUAUAAUUUCAAGUUGUUUUAAUCAGCUAGGCAGAGAUGACUUCAAACAAUCAAUCUGGCCGUCAAAUUCAAUCAGUCUUGCUUUCAAAUUAGCACAAUUAGAAAAAAGGCAGAAAGAUUAAGAGUCAUAUGCAUUACAUGGAACAUUUAAAGAUAAGCUGUUGUGUUUACUUCUGUUUUUAUUUGUACUUCUUUCCAAUGUAACAUGGUCUCCAAUAAAAAAAUUCUUCAUAAGCUUCUGUUGUUUUUCCAAAUAUUACAGAUACAGUCUCUAUAAAAUCAUAGUUCCACACAACUAAAUUCUUAGUUUAUAGUU